CAAUUCACUUUUACACGCGAUCAUAAAUACUAUUUUUUUUUUUGAAAAGUACCAUGCCAAUGAAAUAUUGAAGGAACGCGUCAACCAAUUAACUCAAAGAAAGCUGGAUGAGCGCAUACCCUCUUCCUUAUUUCCUCCAUUCCUGGCAAGAACUCGACUUGCUAAAGCGUCCGUCCUUGCCAAGUGCGACGAACGGCAAAAGGAAACUACGACGCCGUUCUUCCUUCACCGUGGGCCCACCAUGCCGUCAAGCUGGAAAAUUAUGACAUCGACCAGGUCCAGUGGACCAGUCCAAUAGCCUGUCGACACGUUACCGUACUUUAUUUAAGCACUCAAGAUCAAAACAGGGCUGAGGAUUCAUCCCGUUAUCUGCCGUACACGUGCUCCAGGACAUGGACCGGUCCACUGGAUCUUCUCCGGGAUUUCGGUUGGGUCCCUAACGAAAGGCCUCCCCAUAUUCUCGUCCAAGUGCAGAAUGUUCGGCCCACCUCGAAGAAAGCGCGAUCAUGCGCCCCCCCUCGGCCGAGCGACGGUCACAUCGCAGCGCGCACAAUCGGUUGCCUUCCCAUCAGACGGCCCCGGCGGGGGAAACGUGUGGUCAGUGAUUGCCUGUCCCAACAGGACAUGACGUGUCUGCCAUCCGCCACAAUCACAGCUAUAAAAUAAGUCAAACAGUGUACUUUACCCGUAAAGGAACAAAUUACACGAAAUCUCAGGCGUCUGAUCUUGAUAGGACGGCCAUCAUUAUCAAACCGACGGUCAAAGAUUGGUCCAGAGCCCGCGAUUAAUUUAAGUCCGGAGACGCUCUCUAUAUAUUGCGCUUUAGUCCCGAAAACCAGAGAACGGGUCAGUGUUUUCCCGUUCCGGAAAUAGCCUAGGUUGGAAGAGCGGGAGGAGGAGGAGGGAUCGGACGGCGGACGACAAAGGGGGAGUCGGAGAUCGACGAUGGGGGAGCUCGCUCUAUGGGAGGAGGAGAGAUGGAUAUGCUGGAAGCAUCCGUCACGGCCCUGUUACGGCGUUUGCCCCGCCUGCCUCCGGGACCGGCUCCUGCUCCUGUGCCCGGACUGCGCUAACGUGCGCCCCUGCGGGUGCUCCCCACUCUCGUCGUCGUCGUCGGCGUCCUCGUUCUCCUCUCUCUACUCCGCCGUCCUCUUGAGAUCCAGCAGCGGCGACGCCGGGAUCGGGGCUGUAGGGCGGGUCUCGAACCUCAUCGAGAGCGAGCCGGCGUUCCGCCGGUCCGGACUUCCGGGGUUCCAGCUCCUGCGGUCGAGAUCGGUUGCCGCAGGGGAUGGCGGGCCCGGCGUUGUUUCUCGGCCGCGGGAGCGCCGGGGGCGUGGGUGGGGGGCGUUCUGGUCUUUCUCGAGGAGGAAGGUCGACGUGGGGGAGGAGGCGAGGAAACCGCCAGUGGUGAAGCUGUCGAGAUCGAGGUCGGUCGGGGUGGUGGCUUACCCGGAUUCCGACGGUGGCGGAGGGAGGGCGAAGGGGUGGGUGUGGCUUUUUCCAAGCCCGAUGAAGGCUUUCCGGCACCGGAAGUCGACGAAGGACGUCCAGCAGCGAUCGCCGCUCUCCCGGGGCUGAGAAGCGCGCCGGUCAUGAUGGCUGAUAAAUGGUUCCCAAAAAAGAAAAAAUAUAUAUAUAAUUUCAUCAGCUAUUUUUGCUAUAUACAUAUAUAUACUGUAAUAAAAUCUAAGAAUUUUGGCGACUAAUUAAAACUUUCUUGUUAUCGUAUGGCAAUUGGAAGAAAAUGGAAUUGUCGAGCGUCUGAUGUU